AUGUCCCUUGUAACCUGCUCAAUCCUCGCCGACGUCGAGACGCUCGCGUCGGGGAGCAAAGGGCGCACCGCCCUCGCGGCUCUGGUCCGGCACGCGGCCUCGGCGCGCUGCCUCCACGAGUGGAGCGCGGGCUCCUCGCCGCCGCGCCUCAGCGACGAGGCUUGCGCGCGGCUGAUGGAACGGACCACCGACGCGCCGCACGCCUCGCCGUCUACAGGGAGCUGGGAGGGAGGAUGCGGAUAUGCGGCUGGGGGCUGGCAGGAGGACGGCACGCCGGCCACGCCGCCACUACACAGGAAUUUUAAGAAGAUUGGAUAUUGCGGCACCUUCACGGGGAACUCGUCUCCCGAUACUGCAACCCAGACAGACAAGAGCUGGCUCUGAGCCACCGCUGCACGCACGCUAGACUGCCACAACGUAUCAGACACUCCUCAUUCCGAGUACACAUCCACCCUCACGCACAAUUAGUGUUCAGCGCCCACUCAAGGAUUGGCCCAAUGCCAUCUACGUCAUCUACGGCCCCGUUCGUUGCGAUGCGUCCGAUUAGUCGCGGUUGCCGGUGGUCUCCGUACUAGUGAAACACUUGGCAUUUACGGUCUCCGCGUGGGCGAGGGUGUGGCCACUGAAGGCAUUCGGCACCCUGGAGAAGGCCAAUUGAUGACAGGCCGGAAUUAAUCCACCGUUCCGUUCAACAGAAGACCGCACAGCUCGGCCAGACGAAGACUCACUCCUUCUCAUGUCCCUCGUUAAUCAUGUUGGCCACGAGGACCACCUCUGACACAUUCAGGGGUGCGGUCGGGGAUGCCAGCCAAAAGGGCGGGAAGGUUGUCUGGGUGCCGCCGACAACUAGCGUGCCACUCGCGGCGCCCCGCUCGGCAGCUUUGGCAGCGACCAGCGGGAGUAGUUUUUGCGUGGCGCCCAAAGGCCUUUCAUCGUUGGACAUAAGGGCAUGCGUGGUCAAGACCACGCCCAGCAGCCAAGGCACGGCGGCAACGGCGAGCGCGGCGUCCGCAAUCCCCUCCGUGACGCAAUAGCCACGGUGCGAGGCGCAGAAGACGACGUCUCGGGCCAACAUCAAGAUGGCCGCACUCAGAGACAGAACUGAGGUCGCGCCCGCCAGCCGGCGCCACCCGAGGGGGACUCGGACCGUGGUGGCCAGUACGAGGCAGGCGCAGCCAACUUGCCCGCAAGCCAUGAUGGCGAGGAGAUCAGGCGUGACGCCGUCGCCAAUCGCAAUCUGGAGGCCAAAUAAGCCGACGGCGAUCACACAAACGGCAGCCCCCACGGCGGCGGAGGCCACGCGGAGAGCUUUGAAAGUCGGACUGGAAGGCCGCCAAAAGAUACUUUGCAGAAGGACGAUCGUUGCGGCGACGAUGCCGAGGAUAACACCGGCGCCACUGAAGGCAGACGCAUCGGUGUCGUGCCUCUCGUAAGGCACUAGCCACCACGGCCGGUGAUGAUUCGCAUCCUCCUCUGUCAGGCGGAACACCUCAACUCCAUAAGUGACGUCGCCCUCGGUGACCUGCGCCUCCAAUGUCGUGAGCACGACAUUGCACUUGUCCGACGGCGGCGGCACGGAGCAGAGCUCCCAGCGCGCGCCCCCGAUGGUGUAGCACCACGGCCCAAUCUCCGCCGAGCCCGGGUUUCGGCAAAAGUUGUGCCCUCCGAGCCCAAAGGUUGGAAAGGCGAGGCCGGUCUUGGUGUGCGCGUUGGGCGUCUGGUGUGACCAGACCUGGCACUGGUGGCCCGCCGCGGAGACCGCCACGUGGCCGCGAUAGUCGAUCCCGCGGCUGUCCGUGUAGCACUCGUCCGCCUCGUG